AUGACCUUUCGAAGGUCUAUUGAGACCAUCAGCAGAUACUUCAGGGAAGUAUUGUAUGUUGUUGGUGAACUAAGAAAUGAAAUGAUCUUGCCACCUUCAACUGCUACACCAACCAAAAUUAGAGAUAGCCACAGAUGGUACGCCUAUUUCAAGGACUGUAUUGGUGCCAUUGAUGGCACUCAUGUGCUAGCAAGAGUUCCUAGAAAUCAGAGAGCUGCCUUCCUUGGCAGGAAACACACCACAACACAGAACAUCUUAGCUGCUGUAGACUUUGAUCUAAGGUUUACAUAUGUUCUUGCUGGCUGGGAGGGAUCAGCACAUGAUGCCCUUAUCCUUGCUGAUGCCCUUGAGAGAGAAGAUGGUCUAAAAGUGCCCCAAGGUACUGGGGUUAGGACUAACAAGGGUUUUAAGGAAAUCCACCUUAACUCUGUUGCUAAAAAUGUCUCCGAGUUCUGUGGCCAAGAAGUAACAGGCCAGCAAGUGUACAAUCACCUUCGUAAGUGGAGGUCUAGGUGGGUCAAAGUUUGCAAACUAAAGGACAUUAGUGGCGCUCUUUGGAAUGAGGAUACCUUUGUCAUAAGCUUAGAAGAGGGUCAUUAUGCUGCUUACAUCAAGGAUCACCCAAAAGAUGCUGAUUACCUCAAUAGGCCCAUAGAGAACUAUAUGGCUAUGCAAAUCAUUUUUGGAAGUGGGGUUGCCACUGGUAGGUUUGCAAUGGGUUCAAAUGAGCCUUUGGGCAAGCCAAGUGACAUUGUUGACAUCUUUGAUGAUGGCAUUGAAGUGACCUCAGAGUUUGUUGAUGCUUCCAAUCUAACUGGCAAGGGAAAGACUGUUGAUAAGGGUACCCCUGGUGACUCCAUUGAUACCAAGCCUAUGUCCAACUUAGGGAAGAGGAAGAGGUACAUGACUGAUGAAGAUGUUGUUGUGUUCAAUGGGAUGAAAGAGGCUGUAUCUGAUGUUGCUGCUGCUGUCCGUGAAAGCAUCCAUGCUGAAGCAGCACCUGGGAUCUACAAUGUUGUAAUCAACUGUCCUGGGUUCUCUAGGGAGGCUCUCAUGUAUGCCCUAAACCACAUGAUCUGGUUUAAGGACUGACAAGGGUUAGUACUUGUUUUGGUGUUUCAGAUUCACUUGUUUCAAGUCAUAAGUCCCAAAAACUCACUUGUCCUAUUUAGUGUCUGCUUUCUCUUCUGUUUGAGCAAAUUGGAUGAAAGAGGAUGUCUAUGCUGUUUCAGAUGCUUUCUCUUCUGUUUGGUUUUGGUGUUUCAGAUUCACUUGUUUGAAGUCUUGUUGUCUUGUGUGACCAAAUGGGUUUAUCUGCUAUUUGAGUUUUUUAUCUGCUAUUUCAGAUUCACUUGUAAUGUAGCUGAUAAUUCAUAGUAGCUGAUUGCUCAAACUCUCCAUGCAUGUAAAAAUAAGUGUAGCUAUAAUAUAAUCUGGUUACUGUUUACUGCUAUUUGGUUACUGUUUAUUUCAGAUUCACUUGUCUAUGCUGUUUACUGUUUUUUAUCCAUGCAUUCUAUUCUUGUAUAAUCUGGUUAAAUUAAACAAUUUACUUGAAUAUAAACAAAUCUGUUUAUUGUUUAAACGUCUGAUAAUAUAAUCACCUUUAACUU